CUUACUGCCCGGAUCGACUUGGUUGUCAGUUAAUAGGAGACGAUCGGAUGACUCCGGAUCUCAUCUCCAGGUCCAGGUCUUACUGUCCGGCUCUAUCUCUCCUUGUUUAUAAGCCUAUAGGAAAAUGAGGGUUCAUUCUCCGUGAUCCAGCGCCAGCCCUUUCUCCUUUUUCAUUGUGUCCCUGCACCUGUACUGACUCCAGAUUCCGGGCUUUGCAGAGUCAAUGAAAGCGCCGUGCUGCCAUCUUGAAUCCAGCUCCGUGUUUUCCCCAACUGUCUAUUCUGUACCCUAGCUCCCAUUUCCCCCUUUAUUUUAUUUUUUGCCUUCCCCAUGUGAGACAGUGACCCAUCUCCGGGUCUUACGGGCGCCACGGCUAUGUGACUGCUUCGGGGCAGUGCUCCCCUUGUAGCUAGAGCAUGAAGCGAUCAUCCAGCUCCUGUGUGAAAUCCACUUCUGCUAUGCUUGUGUGACAGUCCUCCAGAUCCGGCGUGUACUCCAGUUGCCAGGCUUUAUUUCCCCUGGUGCCCGCUCAGAGGUCCGUCGCCAGUUGUGCGCGCGCUCCAGUUCCGGGACUUGCAGCCUUCCUCCCCAAGCUCCGAAGAGUAUUCCAGGCAGUAGAGGACUGCUCUUCCCGUCCGGUGAUCCAGGCCAAGGUUUCCUCUGUGUGAUCCUUGUGCAGGAAGCUGCCACCCCGGCUCCAUCCUCGUGCUCCACCAGCCGGGUCUUGCGGCCUCAGCCUCCCCCAGUCCAGGACUCCCAGCUCCGCGCUUUGCGGCCUGUCUCUCCUCCUCCUCUCUCGGUAAAAUGGCCUCUCCUCCUCCUCUCCACCGCCUCGUGUCCGACUAAACGGCUCCCCUCCUGCCCGAAACUAGCCCGACACCUGGGGGGGAGGCCACCUCCAUCCCCUCCCUCCUCAUAGUGCUCCAUGGCCGCUCAGGUGGCACCGGCCUCCGGCCCCAGCCUUGGAGGAACCCCGCCCGCCGCCGGUCCCGAAUUAAAGAAGAGCCCCGGGGACCCCCCUCCUUCUGCCGAGCCUCAGACUGAGGCACCGGCCCAGGCCUCCACGGACCCCGACACGCCUGAAGCAGCCAACGGGACCCGAGCGGCAUCGACCUCUUCGCUUCAGGAACCAGGAGAUGCGCCUGCGGCCUCCUCCGCCUCAUCGCACCCGCCCGGGGGAUUCGGUUUCUCCUCCUUCAGCCGGGGAGUCUUCCAGUCGGGCCCCGGCCUGGACUAUCCGCCUCCUACCGAGGCCUACAACUCUUAUCCGGCCUACCCGAAUCGGGCCUACCAGCCGGGUUACCCCCCGCCUCGCCCGACUGCUUCCACGGGCAAGCCCCCGGCUCCGGCCUAUCCUCCGCCGCCGCGAUUCGGCCCCGCGCAGCCAGCAGCUGCUACACCGACCCUGAACCAGCUCCUGACGGCGCCCAGUCCAGGGCGGGGGUACCCGGCCUACCCCGGAGGAGACUACUCGGAGCAGCACAAAGGACCCGAAGGCUAUGGAGCCGGCUGGGCCGCAGGUCAGAGAGUGGUGCACCCGCCCGGGAGCCCCGGCAGCAGUGGGCAGACUCUGCCCAGGACGUCGCAGCCUGGCAGUCCCAUGGAUCAAAUGGGAAAGAUGAGACCCCAACCAUAUGGCUCAAGCAACCCUUACAGCCAACAGCCUGGUUCUCAGCAAGGGCAUUCUGGUUACCCAGUACAGCCUUAUUCUUCACAAACGCCACAGAGAUACCCCAUGGCCAUGCAGGGUCGACCUCAAGGAGCUAUGAGUAUGCAGUAUGGACAACAGAUGACUUCAUAUGCGCAACAAGGCCCUGGAUCCUAUUCUCAGCAGAGCCAGUCACCAUACUAUAACCAGCAGAGCCUCCACCCUCCACAGCAGCAAACAACACCACCACAAAACCAGUAUUCUCAGCAACAGUCAGCUCCCCAGUCUUACACUCAGCAACAGCCUCCCUCUUCUCAGCCUCCCUCUGGCCAGCCUGUGCAGCCCACCUUCCCCCAGCAGCAGCAGUCACCAUCUCCAUCACCAUAUACACAACAGCAGCAGGCUCCCCCAACAAGUUCACAAAGCCAGUCACCAUACACGCAACAAGCUCCUCAGUAUCCAACCUCACAGCAACAAGGCUCAUCCUAUUCCACCUCUGGAGCACAGCAGGGGAGUACCUACUCUCAGCAACGCUUCCCUCCACCACAGGAGCUUUCUCAGGAUUCCUUUACUUCCCAGGCCUCAUCCACCCCUUCUCUGGGUUCCAGCAAAGGACAGGAGGAUCUCAGCUUGGGGAUGCAACCACGACCCUCUAGCCUUCCAGAUCUUUCUGGUUCAAUUGAUGAUCUCCCAAUGGGUGCUGAGGGUGCUCUAAGUCCAGGUGUCAGCACUUCUGGGAUCUCCAGCAGUCAGGGCGAACAGAGUAAUCCAGCUCAGUCACCUUUCUCCCCUCAUACAUCACCCCACUUACCUGGAAUCCGAGGGCCUUCCCCAUCUCCUGUUGGCUCUCCAGCCAGCGUGGCUCCCACUCGUUCUGGUCCCCUGUCCCCAACAUCUGUACCAGGAACACAGAUGCCACCACGUCCUCCUAGUGGACAGUCAGAUGGCUUAAUUCACCCUACCAUGAACCAGGCUGGUCUUGGGCAAGAGAGAGGGUACAUGCAGAGGAAUACUCAGAUACCUCAGUAUGGAUCUCCGCAGCCUGGUCAAGCACUUUCUCCACGCCAGUCAUCUGGGGGCCAGAUGCAUGCCGGAAUGGGACCCUAUCAGCAGAACUCUAUGGGUAGCUAUGGACCUCAGGGAGGACAAUAUGGACCCCAAGGGGGGUACCCCAGGCAGCCGAAUUAUAAUACUAUGGCAAAUGCAGGAUAUACAGGGGGUGGCAUGGCUCCUCUUGUUGCAGGUGGUCAGAUGCAUGGUCAAGGAGGCAUGCCGCAAUAUGCAGGACGUAUGGCCCAUUCGGCAAUGGGAAAUCGGCCAUAUGGUCCAAAUAUGGGGAACAUGCCACCACAAGUUGGAAGUGGGAUGUGUCCACCUCCUGGUAUGAAUCGUAAAGCACAAGAGGCUGCUGGAAUGCAUGGCACUGCCAACUCAAUACAGAACAGGUCACCUGGUUACCCUAACAUGAAUCAAGCUGGGAUGAUGGGAGCUGGAACCCCAUAUGGUCAAGGAAUGAACAGUAUGGCCGCUAUGAUGAAUACACAGGGACCUCCCUAUAUGGGAGGCAACAUGGCCAACAACUCAGUCUCUUUGACAGGCAUGGCUGGGAGUCCAGAACUCAUGGGACUCUCGGACGUUAAAUUGACCCCGACUCCCAAGAUGAAUAAUAAAGCAGAUGGAACACCUAAAGCAGAGACCAAAUCAAAGAAAUCCAGCUCCUCUACCACUACAAAUGAGAAAAUAACAAAACUGUAUGAAUUAGGGGUUGAACCAGAGAGGAAAAUGUGGGUGGAUCGCUACCUGUCAUUCACAGAAGAGAAGGCAAUGGGCAUGACUAAUCUACCUGCUGUUGGCAGAAAGCCCUUAGACUUGUACCGUCUCUACAUGUCUGUCAAGGAUAUCGGCGGACUCACCCAGGUUAAUAAGAACAAGAAGUGGAGGGAACUCGCUACAAACCUGAAUGUGGGCACAUCAAGCAGCGCAGCUAGCUCUCUAAAGAAACAAUACAUACAGUGUCUGUAUGCAUUUGAGUGCAAAAUUGAAAGGGGAGAAGACCCACCACCUGAUAUUUUUGCAUCUGCUGAAGCAAAGAAGCAGGCAAAACUCCAACCACCAUCACCGGCUGGCUCAGGCUCCAUGCAGGGACCGCAGACUCCUCAGUCCACAAGUAGCUCAAUGGCCGAAGGAGGGGACCUAAAACCUCCCACACCAGCAUCCACCCCACACAGUCAGAUGCCUCCCAUGCCAGGCAUGAGGAAUAACUCGGUGGGGCUCCAGGAUGCAUAUGACGGUUCAGAUCCUUCUUACCAGAAACGAAACUCCAUGACUCCUAAUCCUGGGUACCAAUCAGACAUGAUGGGCAGAAUGCCUUAUGAUGCUAGCAAGGAUCCUUAUGGUGGAAUGAGGAAAGGUGCUGAUCCUUUCAUGUCUUCAGGUCAGGGACCCAGUGGGACAAUGGGAGACCCUUAUAGUAGGGCUACAGGCCCAGGUAUGCCAAAUAUGGCUCAGCGUCAGCACUAUUCUUAUGGUGGUUAUGACAGAGUGAGGCCGGAACCUGGUCUUGGUCCGGAAGGAAGCAUGGGAAGUGCUGGCACUCAGCCAAAUAUGAUGCCUUCCAACACAGAUAGUGGCAUGUACUCACCAGGGCGCUAUCCACAACAAAGGCAUGAAUCCUACAGCAAUCAGUACCCCACACAAGGUACAUCAGGUAGUCCCUAUCAAGGUCAACAGAACCCAAUGUAUCAACAACAGAACUACAAGCGUCCAAUGGAUGGUAGUUAUGGCCCAUCUUCUAAACGACAUGAAGGGGAAAUAUACAGUGCUCCUUAUACUGGGCCACAGAGUGGACAAGGUCAACAAACGCAACCUCAACAGCAACAGACACCUGGGUCAGGAGUGCAACCUCCUCCUGGUCAGCCUUCUCCAGCUCCAAGUUCACAGCCUACUCAAGACCCUUAUGGCCAAUAUGGGAGUGGUUAUCCACAAAGUGCUGGGGAACGCAGGCCUGCACCCACAGGGCAAAAUCAGUUUCCUUUUCAGUUUGGGCGUGAAAGGGUGUCAUCCACUCCAGGGAACAACACACAGCCACCUCUGCCACCUAGUGGAAUGGGAGGGUCUACAGAAGGAACCCAACCUGCAGCCAUGUGGCAAAGUCGGGGAGAUAUGGGCUACAAUUAUCAGGGGAGGCCUGGUCCUCCUCCGGCGAGCACACAAGGACCUAGUUAUCAUUCUGGGCCACCUCGUGGAGAUGAUAUGGUGCAUUCAGAUCAGCGACUUAGCCACGAGGGCCAGUGGCCACCUCACGUUAACAGGCAGCAGCCCCCCUUUGUGCCUGCCCCUGGUCCACCUAUGAGCAGAGCUCCACCACAGUCUGGAUUCCAAGCCUCCUCAAGCAUGCCUAACCAUCUGCCUCAGGUAGCUAGCCCAGCCACCCCUCGGCCACUGGAAGCCCACACCUCACCCAGCAAGUCCCCAUUCCUGAAGAUGCAGAAAGCUGGACCCCCUGUGCCUGCAUCACAUAUUGUGCCCACCCCAACCCAGCCACCUCUCAUUCGCAGGGAUAUAACUUUCCCUCCAGGUUCGGUGGAAGCCACACAGCCUAUACUGAAGCCACGGAGACGCCUAACUGCGAAGGAGAUCGGGACUCCUGAAGCUUGGCGUGUGAUGAUGUCAUUGAAAUCUGGCCUCCUUGCUGAAAGUACCUGGGCACUGGACACCAUUAACAUUCUUCUUUAUGAUGACAACAGUAUCAUGACAUUUAACCUCAGUCAGCUGCCUGGGAUACUAGAGUUGCUGGUGGAAUAUUUCCGACGAUGCCUGAUUGAAAUCUUUGGGAUACUCCGAGAGUAUGAAGUUGGAGAACCCGCACAAAAGACCCUACUUAAUCCUUCCACUCAUGGCUCUCACAGGCCAAUUUUAGGUGAUGCAGAGUCCAGUGAUGAGGACUGCCAACCAUUAAUAGAUGGCGACACCCAAAGUGAGGAUGAGGGAGAAGAAGAAAGGAAGGCCUAUUCAACACCCUGUAAUACAAGUGAAGAUACUCAGCGGCAUAGCAGCAAGUUUGACAAACUUCCUGUAAAGAUAGUUCAGCGGGAAGAUGCCUUUGUGUUGGACUGCUCGCACCAGUUGGGUCGUCGGCAAGAAUUUGAUAGUGGCCUCUUACACUGGCGAAUAGGAGGAGGUGACACAACUGAGCACAUCCAGACUCAUUUUGAAAGACGCCCCGAUCCCCCUGUUCGUAAACGUCCCCAAACAAAGCGUCGUUCAAAGGAGCAGCAAGUUCCUGUUGCAGAGGAUACAACUGCCACCAUAGAUGAUGUCUUGUGUUCCCGGUCCAGUUCUUUGCCUCCAGAUACAGGUGAAAUCUCUGAAGAGGACUCUGAAUUUCAGUUAGGUGGUAGUCCUUCACCACGCAUCCGACAUGGUCUUAAAAUUCUUGAGGAUGAACCACGCAGCAAAGAUGAAACCCCCCUGUGCACACUGGAAGAUUGGCAAGAUGCUCUCUCUCGCCGUUGUGUGUGCAUAUCAAAUAUCUUGCGUAGCUUGUCUUUUGUGCCAGGCAAUGACUUGGAAAUGUCAAAGCAUCCAGGACUGUUACUUCUCCUUGGGAAACUUGUGCUGCUCCAUCACAAGCACCCAGAAAGGAAACAAGCACCCCUCACCUAUGAGAAAGAGGAGGACAGAGACCAAGGAGUUAGUAGCAAUAAAGCUGAAUGGUGGUGGGACUGUCUGGAAAUGUUGCGUGAGAACACACUGGUCACUCUUGCUAAUAUAUCUGGUCAGCUUGAUCUUUCCCCAUACCCUGAAAGCAUUUGUUUGCCCAUCCUUGACGGUCUGCUACACUGGGCAGUGUGUCCAUCAGCUGAGGCUCAGGAUCCAUUUUUAACGUUGGGUCCCAAUGCAGUACUUUCUCCCCAGAGACUGGUGUUGGAGGCCCUUAGCAAACUGAGCAUUCAAGAUAGCAAUGUGGACCUAAUACUUGCCACACCACCUUUCAGUCGUCUCGAAAAGCUGUAUGGGACAUUGGUGAGGUUCCUAAGUGACAGAAAAAACCAUGUGUGCAGGGAAAUGGCAGUGGUGCUUCUAGCAAACUUGGCACAGGGCGAUAGUUUAGCGGCCAGGGCUAUUGCCCAUCAAAAAGGCAGCAUUGGUAACCUGCUAGGUUUUCUUGAGGAUAGUCUGGCAGCCACUCAAUUCCAGCAGAGUCAGGCUGCCCACUUACAUGGACCCUCUGCUCCCUUUGAACCCACAAGUACGGACAUGAUGCGACGGGCCUCACGUGCCCUGCUUGCUUUGGCAAAAGUUGAGGAGAAUCAUUCUGAGUUCACACUGUAUGAGGCCCGUCUGCUGGACAUCUCAGUGUCUCCACUAAUGAACUGCUCCGUGUCACAGGUCAUCUGCGAUGUUCUCUUCUUGAUUGGCCAGUCAUGACAGCUGCAGUGGAUAACUUCCCAGAAUGGUUUGCUCCUCCCUUCACCAUAGAAAGGAAUCCUCCCUGACUGUUGAUUCCAUACCCUCUUCCUUUCCUUCCUUUUUAUUUAUGCAAAAACUACGUCUCAAUCCACUGUCCGCCCCAGAGAGGAAACCUGGUCACCCUUGUGGAAUUUCCCACCCACUCUUCCUCUCUGUGUUUUGGUGUUAACCAAAGCUACUGUAUUUCAGUGAAUUUUUUUAUCUAGGGGAAGGGGCUCCACUGUAACUACACUUCCCUCCCCCAAGUCUACUGUUUAUUAGGCCCACAACAGCCAAGGGAUGGGCUCCAUAUUCUAAGGAGAUAAAAGACUUCUGAAUCUUCAAGGAAGGAGAAGGAUUCCCUUCUUUAUUGUAAAAGUAACUUGCCCUACUCCUCACCUUGCAAUCUUUAGACUAGAAUUUGUGUGCCCUGAUCCUUUAAACAGAAGAAAAAAAAUACGAAAAAAAAAACACCCUGAAAAGAGACUAUACCUUUUUAACUGUGCUGAGAAACCCCG